ACCAAUCUGCUUGAAUCUGAACUUCAUAGUUGUUGGAGAAUUAACCUUAAGUUUGAAUGGUGUGUAACUUUAGUAUUAUUAUUUUACCCUGGAAUCAGAGAACAUCUUUAAAAUAUUUAUUAUUUUCAAUAUUUUAAUUACAGUUUUUGUCUAGGUUAGUUUUUAUUUUAACCAAACUAUUAUGCUUCUCAUAUUAUUAGGAGUGCUUAUUAGGUUAUGUGUAACUCUUCAUUCCUAUUCUGGACAAAAUAAACCACCAAUGUUUGGUGAUUAUGAAGCACAAAGACACUGGAUGGAGAUUACUCACAAUUUGCCAAUCGAAGAAUGGUACUUUAACUCCACUAAUAACGACCUUAUGUACUGGGGACUGGACUACCCUCCACUGACAGCCUAUCAUAGUUGGUUAUGUGGUAAAGUUGCAGCAUCAAUAAAUGCAAGCUAUGUCGAACUACAUAAAUCAAGAGGAUAUGAGUCAGAAAAUCAUAAGAUCUUCAUGAGGUUUACUGUACUAAUCGCUGAUAUAAUUACUUUCAUUCCAGCUAUUUUUGUAUUUUAUCGUCAGAAAAAUAGUGUUAGUAUACAUAAAGCGAAGGAAUAUUCUGUAAGUACAAAUGAAGCUACUAAACUCAGUUGUCUCUUAGCUCUUAUAUAUCCAGGAAUUAUUUUAAUAGAUCAUGGUCACUUUCAGUACAAUUGUGUUUCUCUAGGGCUCUUUAUUUUUGCUGUGUGUGCCAUCGUGCAAGAAAGACAUUUAAUUGCAUCAGUUUUAUUUUGUUGUGCAUUGUGUUAUAAGCAAAUGGAACUGUAUCACGCUUUACCUAUCUUUUUCUAUCUCCUGGGACAAUGCUGGUCUGUCUUUAAACAAAAAGGCAUUCUGAAAGCAGUGUUAAAGUUAAUUAGCAUUGGUAUUGUUGUUGUUGUGACUUUUGCACUUAUAUGUUUUCCAUUUCUUAGAAAUACGGAACAGUUGUUCCAGUUGAUUGUACGAUUAUUCCCAAUUUCACGAGGUGUGUACGAAGACAAAGUAGCCAAUGUCUGGUGUGCAAUUAAUGUGAUUUGUAAAUUGAAAUUAAUGUUUUCCAAUCAAACCAUGGUCAAGAUUUGCCUGAUAUGUACAUGUUUAGCAGUGCUUCCUUCCUGUUAUGAUGUGCUAAUGUAUAAUUCACUUGUAAAAUUUAAGUAUAGUCUUGUAAACUCUGCAUUGUCUUUCUUCUUGUUUUCGUAUCAAGUACAUGAAAAAUCUAUUCUGCUAGCAGCCACCCCUGCCUUACUUGUUCUGCCAUACGAUCCACUAAUUUCUAUCUGGUUUUUAUGCAUUUCAGUAUUUAGCAUGGUUCCAUUAUUCAUCAAGGACAAAAUCUUAUUGCCAUAUAGUGCUUUAAGUCUUUUAUUUAUUCUUACUUUUACAUCUUCGUCUUUUAAUAAGACAAAUAAAAUAAGUGAAAACAGCAUAACAAGUAAAGGCAGUAUGCUUAAAUUUAUGAAACAAAGCAUUUAUAAGUAUUUAUUUUAUAUGUCAUUGGUAGGGUGUUUAGCCUUAUCAAUUUGUAUUAAUUUUCUAAGUCCUCCUAAAAAAUAUCCUGACUUAUUUCCAUUGAUCAUAUCAGUUUAUUCUUGUUUGCAUUUUGUGGCGUUUUUAGUGUAUUUUAAUAUUAGACAGUGGACGUGGAAUAGACCAAAUGAAAUAAAAUCUAAGUAUGAUUAAUGCACUUUUGUAAUUUAAAUAUGUCGACCUUGCUAUUAAAUGAUCUCACUCCCAUCAUUUAUAAAUGAUGAUUAUUGGUUUUGUAUUUGUACUUAUUUUAAUUACAGUCUUUUAACCUUUAAAAGCAACAGCCGAUAGUCGGCUCCAAAUUAAUUAUGAGUACUGAGGUAGCUGCAGUAUAAUAAGCAACCACCACGACAAUCAAGUCAAUGAAUCAAAUUAUUCAUUAGAAUGACCUAAACUAUCAAUUAAAUAAAACAUUCUAGGUACACUUAUUUGCAUACGUUAUCACUACCUUUUUCUAAAAUAUUAAACCUACGUUUAACCCUUUAAGGAGUAUGUACGUCAUAUGACAUCUUCUUUUGAUAGGCUCAAAUGAGUAAUAGAUGAAAUCGAAAAAAUUACCAAAAGGAGUAAAAAACUAAAAUCUUUAAAAUCUCUUAAAAAUGUUUAUUUACAUUUUAAAGCUUAAUAAAAAAGGACUGCGUGUUCUAUAGGUUAAUAUUUCAGUACUUUUUCCAAAUCAGUAACAAACUAAAUGGUUGGUCAACAAAUAUGUCACUAUCACAAGAUAAAUAUGGCCACAGUAUGCAGUAUACAAGGGAUAGCUAGUAUAAUGUGGCGGCAUAUUCUGACAGAAAAGCGAUGCACGCGCGACGCAACCUAGAGUCAGUAACUUCUACCAGGUUUCUACUGCGAUCUGGUGGUAAAAUCAGAUUACAAGUGAAUCUGAGCACAAACAUGGAAGUUAAGUAUAUUGCUGAUAGAUGGAACCACUUUACAGACAAAUAUACUUAAAGGCAAUCAGUAAUAGCAAUGCAUUUACGAUAAUACAAAAAUACAGAGGCUAAAUGUCAUAUGACGUCCUUAUUCAUUAUGUAGAGUUUACACGCACUCCUUAAAGGGUUAAGAAAAUAUUUGGUUGAAAUCGGACGACUUUUAUAAAAGUGAGGUUAUAGAAUCCCUCCUACGGAGGAGUCAGGUGUAAAAUGUACAUCAUAUAUUUUCUAUUAGCCUUAAGAACACCUACAAAAUUUAAAAAACAAAUUGGACCAUGGGAAAUGGGCUAACCUCCUAAUAAAUCAAAGGAAGUAAAAUCAUUUGUGAGGUAUUUGAGUAAUGGCCGAAGUAUGAAACAGCUGAACCAUACUAAAAUAAUUUAAAAUACUUAUUCGAUUAUUUAGUGUAUUAUAGGAGUUAAGAAAUAAAAAUUAACAAUGAUUCAAUUGUCAUGGUGACCAUAUAUUAUACUGCAGCCUAUAAGGUCUAUUUCUAAAAGUCGAAUAUAUUUUUUUUCUAAUAUAUGUAUUUAUCUGUCACUAAACGUUGACACUGUCAUACUUAGUCUCAUUUUAUUUUUAGUAAAUCAAAUAUAUAUAUUACCUUCAGUCAGCUUUCAUAUAAACAUAAUUUAAAGAUUUAUAUCCUAUAUUUUGUUUGCUUCUGUAGCGUUGGCUCUAGAUAACCCCAAUUGCUACUUGAAAAGCCUAUAUACUAGCAUGAAGCAGAACAUUUUAAAAUAUUAUUAUUGGCUCACAGUUACACAGAUAUUGUACAAUCAUUCAUGCAAAGUGAAAUCACAAAAUCGCUUUGUAUCGCACUAUAUUAUAGUGAAAGGGCCCACCUUCGCUUACGCAGAGUCUGGUGCAAACUUAAACUACAGGCCCCUAAAUUUGACAUCUAUCUUCAAUGCUCCUCUCAAUAUAAUACAUUACAACACAUAAAUGCAGUAAGAAACGUAGAUUAUAAAAGAAAAAUGUUAUUAACAUAAAUAAUAGGCUAGUUAACUAUUCGAUAAAAUUAGAAAAUAAAAUAGGCUAUUAUAUUAAUACAUUAUAAAACUUAUUAUUGGUGACUUUUUCAGUUUAGUAUCCCUUUCAGCCUUAAUAAUUAAUGUGAUUUUCAAUGGUAAAUAAAAUAUAAAUUCAUUACCACCGGUUACGUUUUUUGUCUGGUUACUGUCUUUUAACACUGUCAAAUUUCAAGCUAAGCAGACACAAAAUUUCUAUUUCUAAAUUGUAUGUUAUAUUUCAAAUUUACAAAUUACUAAACACGGUAUACAAACUUUCUUGAGAAUUUCUUUGGUUGAUUUUAAAUUACUUUAUAUAAGAUUUUGUAUCAAAAUUGCUUACAAAGCCGCAGAUAACUGCUAGUAUCUGCCUAAAAAUCCAACAAAUAUUUUUGUAGGCAUCAAAUGAAGCACAAGCAAAACUUUUCAAUUAUAAUUUUUAGACUGUUGAACACAAUGUCAUAUAUUUAUUUAUUAGUAAUUAGUGUUUUUUUCUAAGCCCAAAUGUUUAAAUGAAUUUCAUGUACAUGUCUAGUAUCAUGCAACAGAGCAAUCUUUAAAUUUAAAUAGACUUUUUCAAGAAUGUUUCCUCGUAGAUUAUAACAAUGUACACUCAUUUAUACAAAACUGAUUUUCUGGUUUUUUAGCAUAUCUCAAAAAAUCAAUUAACAUUUUUGCAGUACUACUUGGGCAAAUCACGAUACCACCAACUUUAAAAAAAAUGUGCAAUAAAAUCAAGGAUUUCUUAAUACUAGAAUGUGCCUGUUUUUCUGGAGGAAAAUAGGAUAGGAUUUUUAAAACCUUUGCAAUGUAAUUUCACAGCCAUGUUGCACUGUAGCUCAAUAGCAAAAUGUGUAUUGGGUCUAGGGUAUGUGAAGUGUUUUUACUGGAAUUUCUCGAGUUUGUUAAAUAGGACCUACAACAGUAGAAUUUUGAUGUAGCAUUAGUGUGAAUAUCUAGUUCAUGUUAUCCAAGAGUCCUCAAAUAUAACUGAUGAACUGUUUAUGGGAUAUCCCAGUACUACAUUUCUGGUUAUGUUACUUUCAUUUCUACUUCCAAUAAAGACAUGAAUAACAUUAAUAAGUUUAGUUAAGUUUCUCAGUUCUUUUUUAUUUUUACUCUGUAAUGUUGUAUAUUUUUGCCAGAGUGUGAUUCAUACCUGUAUAGUAGAUUAGACAAUUAAUUGUUCUUUGAUCAAAUGUGUGGAUAGGCAAUUGUGCUAAAUUAAAUUUGUAUUGUGAAGCAAUUAAUGUAGAAGAUAAUUGUGCACCUACAUCAUAUUAAAGUUUUUUAUUUUAUUUUUUACAAGAUGAAAAUGGAUCAUUUUGAUUGUACAUACAUUUUAUGUUCCUGUGUAAAAACUAAAUUUUGUUGUUAGAAAGACUGCUUUUCUUUAUUGUAAUUCUUACAAAUUUGUAAUUUUGUAAAUAAAUUCAUUGUUGAUGUUGACAGA